AUGGGCGGCUUCAUCGAAAUCGCUGCUUUCGCAUUCGUCUCGUCUAAAAUCAAGGCCAACGCCAACGGUGCUUCGACAUACUUACAAGUCGCUAAAGUCCGCUUCGGUACCAUUGGUCAUCUUGCGUACAUGUUCGCAGCUCUCGUGGCAAAUUUUGUAGUUGGUAGCGAGAUUCUCAUUGGCGGUGCCGGAGUCAUCGCGGGCCUGACCGGCAUCAGCCAAUAUGCAGCUGAGGGCAAGCCGGCCAGCAAGCCUAACAACCCGAAGAAGUUCGAGAUCCCGGAGAAAGUGUUCACAAUAGACAAGCUCGACAAGCACUCAGGCGGCCCACAGGCCAUCAUGGACUUCAUGGGUCGCGACACGACCGAGGAGUUCGAGAUGCUGCACGAUGAUGAGGUUAUCUUAAAGUAUACGCCGCAGCAGGUCAUUGGGCGGGUAAAGGGUGCGGAGCCGACGUUGGAGAUCUAG